GUCAAAUUGUCCUUUACAAUCUUUGCCAUCCAAUUUCCGUGGAGAGAAGCUCAUUGAUUUUCAACUGUAUAGAGGCCGCAUCAAGGAGAUUAGCGGCCACUUUAAGAACUUGACGAUAAUGAAAUUUUCUGAGUGUAAGUUCUUAACCAAAAUCUCCAAUCUUUCAAGUUGCUCGAAUUUAAAGGAAUUGGAUAUUAUGGAUUGUGAAAAUUUAGUUGAAGUUCAUGAUUCUGUUGGAUUCCUUGAUAAGCUUGUUCGUUUGCGUCUUUAUCAAUGCUUCAACCUGAAGAGUUUUCCAAGGCGACUCAAGUUGAGAUCUCUAGAAGUCCUUACACUUUAUAAUUGCUCAAAACUUCAAAAUUUUCCAUAAAUCGAGUGUAAAAUGGAAUAUUUAUGUUGCAUCUCAUUAUGGGGCACUGCAAUAAAAGAAUUGCCUUCAUCCAUUGGGUACCUCACUCCUGCGCUUAAAGAGUUACUUCUGCCCGGACAAUGCACAGAACUUAUGCGUCUCCCUAAUAGCAUUCAUCAGUUGCAAAAUCUAAAGGUGUUUUGUCUCAGUGUGUGUAUUAAUGGAUGCUUCACCGGGAUUGAACGAUUAGAUAUAGAAAGCUGCAAGGACCUGAUGCGUUUCCCAAUCAGCAUUCCUAAUUGGCAACAUCUAAAGAAUCUCUCUUUCGAUAAGUGUACAAAUCUUGCGAAAGAAGAAAUAAGUUUAUCCUUUGGGUACCAGACUGAGGUUAAAAAUGUCCACAUAACAACAGCGAGAACGAUUAAGAGGACUGAACUAGAAUCAAAUGCUGAAUUACUCCUGACACCAGUUUAUAAUUGGUACCUUGACGACUUUUCAUUUUAUUGCUCAUCCACUAUGCACGAGUUAGAUCUAUCAUGGUGUGCUAUUGUCAACCUUCCUCUGGGCAUCGAAACCUUUGUUGAAUUGAGGAUUCUCAAAUUGUGGCAUUGCGAGAAACUUCAAGAAAUUCUACAUCUCCCACCAAAUAUACAAGAGCUAUAUGCUAGUGAGUGUUUCUCCUUGGAAAGAUUCCCAAAAGUAUCAACAAAAUUUCAAUUCUAUACAUCAUGUGGCUUGCAAGAGCUAAGAUGGAUUGAUUUGUCCGGUUGCCAUAAAUUGGAUGCAAAUAUAGGGAGUCAGGCACCAAAUCCUUCAUUUGUUGAGGAACAUAUUCAGGACCAUUCAUGGGGUAUUAUAUUUCCAGGGAAUAAGAUUCCAGAUUGGUUUAGCCAUACUAAGGAGCCAUCAAAUAGAGAUUCAUGUGAAUUGGAUAUUAGUGGGCCCUUGUAUUUGGAUGAAAUCAUAGGAAUUGUUUUCUGUGCAGUUCUUGGAUCCAACACGGAUGAUUGCCCCUCCAGUAUUUGUGUUUCUAUAAAUGGUAACAUGCUUGUAGAAGCAAAUUUUAAAUUAUUAGGAGACUGGGAUCAUGUAUAUCUAAAUUACUCAUUUCCAAAAUGUAUCAAGCAAUGGCUACCGUACCCAACAGGAGACAAUCUAAGGUUUAUAUUUGAUAGCAAUGAAGAAGCUGCAGUGAUGUUUAAAAGUUGCGGAGUUCACAUAAUCUAUAAGCAUGAAAAGAAUGAGAGUUUAAUAGUACGAGAGUGCUCAGUAGAUUUAUCGAAUGGUAUCCAACUUUGUAAGAGACGCCGAGAUGAUGAAGACCACAACUUGGAAUUCAACGGGUAUCCACAACACAAGAUGCGCUCUCAAAACUUGAGCAAUUCAAAUGUAGUUGUCGAUUGCAUAGGUGUUGAAGGUGACUUUGCAGAAGCAGAAAGAGGCUCUGAGUGAAGUUUAAAAGAAGAAGAAGUACUUGCCUCUU